AUGCAGCAACAGCAGCAACAACAGCAGCAGCAUCAACAACAACAACAACUGGUUCCAGCCGGGUGCUAUCUUGGCACGGAGCAGUCCGAGACUGGCCGCAGCGCCGGGUCAGAUGAUCAAGUGACGGCGAGCGGAGAGUUCGGAUUGAGACCAGAAAGCCACAUGGAAGAGAGUGAAGGUCUUCAGGAUUCUGGUAGAAUUCAGACAGACCAUUCGAGAACUGAGAUGCCGCUGAUUGAACACACCUUGAAGCUGUUGGAAAAGCCGAGUAUCAUGGGUAUUCUCAUUAUCAUUCGCACACUCGAGAAGGGGUCACAUGCAUUGUCUAUAAAGUGUGAGAUACUUUUGUCAUGCUGCUUGAUCGGUACUCCUAUCGAUGCCCUAUUGAGCAUCAUUCUCUCAUUGGAGGUUGUAUCGACUUGGUGA